AUGACCAAUCGUAGCCACCAGCAAAAGCGAAAAUAUUUCCAAUUUAUAAAUACCGAAGUUGACUAUAAUCGUGAAUACGUCUCCAAUUACACCCUCUAUAUUGGCAAACGGAAUUUAACAUUAAAUUUCGAUCUGCUUGUUAAGCGGAAUGUAACCCAUCCAAUUUGGAAUCUGCUGAGGGUGGAUACGAAAUUCAAUAAAGAUGAAGAGUGGCAUAAAAUUAUGGGUUUCGAUGUGAAUUUUUGUGAGUUAUUAGAGCAGACCAAGGCGCCGGCAUUUUAUUUGUUAAAUAUUUGGUUAAAUAAUGUUCUGAAAUAUGGUACACUGCCAAGGCAGUGUCCGGUGUUGGAGGGCCACUAUACCUGGCGUGAUUUUAAAUUGGAUAAGAAUAGCAUACCGCAAUUCAUUGCCUGUGGUUACUAUCGCAUAAAUGUCGUAAUGUAUCAGAGACGAGAGGGUCGACGGGAAAUGCUAAUGAAUUCAACAAUUAAUGUGUUAGUAAGGGUUAAAUAA